UACAGUAGGACGGGAUGCAGUACGGCUACCAGUGCUGAUGUUCAUUCACGGGGAAUCGUAUGAAUGGAAUUCUGGGUCCAGUUAUGACGGAUCAGUUUUGGCCAGUUAUGGCAAUGUGGUGGUCGUCACCAUUAAUUACAGGAUCGGUGUUUUAGGUUUCUUCCCAUCCCUGGACGGCACAGCCAGAGGUAAUUUCGGUCUAAUGGAUCAGGUGGCAGGUCUUCACUGGAUCCAAGAGAAUAUCAAAGAGUUUGGCGGCGAUGAGACCAAUGUGACCAUCAUAGGCCAUGGACAUGGAGCCGCUUGUGUCAACUUCUUGAUGCUCUCUCCUAUGGCCAGAGGUCUAUUUCAUCGGGCAAUUAUGCAAAGCGGAUCAGCUCUGUCUCCGUGGGCCAUAGCAUCUGAUGCGGUCACCCAUUCCCGCAAUUUGGCGAAAGCCUUGCGCUGUCCCGACGAACCCGACAAGAACUCAGUUAUGGUCGACUGCUUGCGCCAGAGAUCCAUCGAUGAUAUCAUUGCUGUCGACCUCCGAGUUCCCACUCAUUUGACGGCGUUUGGACCCGUCAUCGAUGGCAUAGUCAUUCCUAACGAUCCGGCGAUCCUUAUGUCUGAUAUGAACUCGUUUUAUGCAAACUAUGACCUCCUGUUCGGAGUGACCAAAAUCGAGGCCUACAAUCAGUUCACAGCACAUGACGAGCGCAAUGGUAUCGAUCCUCAGAGGAGAGAUAGACUCUUGAGAACACUCAUCAGAAAUCUAUUUUCAUAUCAUUUACAAGAAAUCUUCUUAACGAUUGUCAACGAAUACACUGAUUGGACGCGACCGGCACUCCAUCCCAUCAGUACUUUCGACUCAAUUGCCGACUCAUUUGGCGACGCCUUGAUUGUGGCGCCCAUUAUAAGGGCCGGACUCUUGCACUCGAGGGUCAAAAAGAGCACUUAUUUCUACAACUUUGCGUAUCAGACAGAAGAGGGUGACUUCAACUCGCGUUCCGGUUGUAUCCACGGCCAGGACUUGGCCUAUAUGUUUGGCGCACCUCUCGUGUCCGGAAUGCAGUUCUCAUUCUUCUCGAGCAACUAUUCUCGGGCUGAAAGUGCUCUUUCGGAAACAGUAAUGACAUAUUGGACUAACUUCGCAAAGACCGGUGCGGAGGAGAGGAGUGCCGCCACAGCCAAGGGAAGAGUGCAAUGGCCUCCAUAUGACGACAUUCAACAGCAAUACUUAACGAUCGCAAUGAAGCCUAAGAAUAGAGAUCAUUAUCACGCGCAUAGACUCUCAUAUUGGCUUAAUCUGUUGCCACAACUCCACACUCCCGGCCCAUCCAAUGCUGAGGAACACCAUUUAUUAGAGGCUCACGACGACCCUCUCAGUUAUGAUGGAGUGGUGCGCUCGAGCUCUCUCACGGCUCCCACACCUCUCACCCAUUACUUCACGACCCACUCGAGCGCCGAUAUCAUCGAAGCCACUGUUGGCUCGACGACAGUGAACAGCACCCAUAACUCGAGCCAUUUGUGGGCGACUCCGACGAGUACAUCGGCGGUGUUGGCCGACAAGACCCACCAACAAAGUGCCUUAGAUUCCGGAGCCAAAGCCAACGCCAAUCCCAGCAAUGCCUCCGUGUCUAUGAUCGUACAGCAGAGCACUUACUCCACAGCCCUGUCCGUCACCAUAGCUAUCGGGUGUUCACUACUCAUACUGAAUGUGUUGGUCUUCGCCGGAGUCUUCUAUCAAAGGGACAAAAAUCGAUUGGAAGCCAAACUCAUUCGCAAGAAUUAUCAGGUUCAAAAGAUGGAUGAGUUCAGUAUGACUAAGAAUCCGAGCUCUCAUUCGCCACUUAAGCAGCACUCGGCACCAAUCGAUGCCAACACAGCCACAGUCCAUCUCCACUCCAAUUCAAUACAAAGCGAUUACGUGUCGGGAAUGGCAGGGAUGGCAGGGAUGGCCACUUCCAGCCAAAAGCAUUCGCACAACUCCAUGCUUAUCAGCCAAGACUCGCCGACACCGCUCUCAUGUCAUGUGCCAAUGGCUUCGACCAAUAGGUUGGCGCACGUGUCGAUGGCCAACAACACCUACCACUCGAACUCCGUGCGAACUCUGCCCCGAAUGGACCACAAAGUGGCCACAGUUAACGUCAUCAACACCGCGUCCAAUACGGCCACUCUCGGACACCAACAAAGGCAUACCCUUUCACACGAGAUGAGAGUUUGACAAUUCAAGACUACUUCAGUCUAAUUGAUAAUUCAAUUAUUUCAUUGGAUUGAUUAGUAGUAAAACUGAUUUAUAGUGUGCCUCAAAGCUAUUCAACGGCUGUGACUAACAUUUGUUGCAUUCAAUUAUGACUUAAAUGAACAAUAAUUUGCAAAUUAAGACUCAAAUGUGAAUACUUUUUUGUUAAAUCAAUUGUGAAAUUGAGUGAAGUUUCUGCCAAUUAGCGUGAAUUUACUGAAUUCAUAAAACUUAAAAA